AUGGCGAGGCUGCUGCUGCUCAUCUGUCUUGCUGUCCACCCAGGAACCUGUGCUUUGUGGGUGUUCCAGCCUCCUGAGAUUCACAGCCAGGAGGGUGCCACUGCCUUCUUGCCCUGCUCCUUCAAUGCCACCCAAGGGACACAGGCCAUUGGCACCUUUAUGUGGUACCGGGACAAGGUGGCUCCUGGGAAGGAGGUGAUGAAUAGGACCUCUGAGUUCAGGGGCCGCUUGGCCCCUCUUGCCACUUCCCGCUUCCUCCAUGACCACCAGGCUGAACUGACCAUCUGGAACAGCCGGGACAGCGAUAGUGGCAUCUACGUGUGCUGGGUGGAGGUUCUGGGCUUGGGAGUUGGAACAGGGCAGGGGACUUGGCUGGUGGUGGAGAAAGCACCCCCCCAGUUCUCAGCCAGCACAGCCCUCCUCCUGCGUGUGGGAAUCUAUGCAGGCAGCUUUCUCUCUGUGGCCCUGGGCAGCACCUGCUAUUACCAAGGCAAAUGCCACUGUCAUGUGGGAACGUAA